AUGGGUUCGUAUCAAAAAAGGCUUGCCAAAGAAUUUCAACAACUUUCAUUAGAACCACCAACGGGUGUUCGCGUUGUAACGGAUGAUGGCAACGAUUUGCACGAUCUCCGAGUAUGGACUGUUAUAGUUGAAGGUGCACCGAACACUCUAUAUGCUGGCGAAAAGUUCACUUUACAAUUCCGAUUCAACGAAGAAUAUCCGUUUUCAUCUCCCGAAGUGGUGUUUGUCGGUGACAAUAUACCGGUUCAUCCACAUGUAUAUUCUAAUGGACAUAUUUGUUUAUCGAUUUUGAGUGAUGAUUGGACUCCGGCUCUAUCAGUGCAAGCUGUUUGUUUAUCCGUUCUUUCGAUGUUAUCAUCCUGUAAGGAAAAAAAACCACCUCCUGAUAAUGCAACUUAUGUUCGCACUUGUAGUAAAAAUCCUAAUAAAACUCGCUGGUGGUUCCAUGGUUAG